CCCACGUGGUUUGCUCCCUACACACGCGCCCCACGUGUGUCUGGGGCCGCCAUGGCGUCCGUGCUGCGCACUCUCCGCACCCACUGGAAGAAGAGCACCGCGGGGGGCGCCCUGUGCGUGUGGGGGGCCACCUGGGCUCACAAGCGGCACAAAGCAAGCCUUUUGCGAAGAGCUGCAUGCGAGGAAGCCUUGGUGUUUGGAAAUGAACGGCUGUUCCUGGCGGACGCCCCGAAGCGCAUCACCGUGUUCCUGAAUCCAGCAGCGAGCAACGGGAAGGCAAAAAACUUGUUUGACCUCAACGCCGCCCCGAUCCUUCACUUGGCGGGAUUUGAAGUCACCGUGGUCAAGACCGACCACGAGGGGCAGGCGCAGGACCUGCUGGGGGUGCUGGACCGCACCGACGCCAUCGUGGUGGCCGGAGGGAACGGCACUCUGCUCGAGGUUGUUACGGGAAUGCUGAGAAGAGACGAUGAGGCCGACUUCAGUAAGAUCCCCAUCGGGAUCAUCCCGCUGGGCAAAGUGAACACCGUCGGCGGCAUCGUUAACCUGCAGGAGGAGGACCAGGUCAGGAGAAUCACCAGCGCUGCGCUCGCCAUCGUCAGGGGGAGCACGGUUCCCGUCGAUGUCCUUCAGGUCGUGGGCGUCGAGGGGAAGCCAGUGUAUGCCCUGUCGGAGCUGCGCUGGGGCAACUACCGAGACGCCCAGGCCAGCGCCCCCAGGUACUGGUACCUUGGCCCCUUGAAGAAGGUGGCCUCCUACUUAUUGAGCACCUUCCAGGAGUGGCCUCCGAGCCGCCAUGCCCUCCUGUCGUACGCAGAGCCAGCGGAGAGGCCCGAGUAUGUGGAGGAAAGCCCCGGCCCAGUGCCACGGGCCUCCCUGUGGAGGAGAAUCUACAACAGAUUCCUUCGACUGCAGGAGAGUAAAGUGCCAGAGAAGCCAGUGGAGGAGACGCCACCGACCGAGAUGGAGAUUUCCUCGAUGGAGGUGGUGAUCAGCAGCCUUAACACCGUGCUCGAUCUCAAGAAGCCAGAUGCGGUGGACAUCGUUCUGAUGCCUUCCGCCGUCACAAAGAUGGACUUCAUUCGUGCAGGGAUGCAGAAGGAAAACGCAGUCUGCGAGGACUCCACGAAGCUACAGGCCAAAGAGGUUUCUCUCAAGCCGCAGGUGAGGGAGGGUUGCAUGAUACGUGCGACCACAUUGCUGCUUAAAAGAGAUUUAAUUAAAUCAAACUCCUCAAGACACCCGCGGCAGCAACGCGAGCGCUUGAGGAGAAACGGGCAACCCAAACCGGAAACCACGCACUUCAAAGAUACGUUGUUGGCAUGUAGUUAAUUAAUGACAUUGUUCUUAUCAUGCAUGCCAUAGACAAGAUGCCAGUCAGACCACAAACAUAGCAGAAGUCACCUCUUCAAUGAGAUGGCUCCACUUGGCUACAGUGCCUAGAUAAUUGCAAGAUUAUCUUCAAACUCUUCCACUCUGUUGUUUAGUCUUCACACAAAUAAACAGAGCCAUAAUGUUUUGAACAGAAAUAAUAUUAGAAAUAAACCUUCGUUAACUAUUAACAUGGAAUAUUUAGGAGUGAACACAUAUGGAAUGUAUGCAUAGUUGACGUGUUUUCAGAAUGUCACUUAACAUUAUAGGCGUACCAAAAACUCGUUCAACAAAACAACAAUGUGCUAUUGAAGCAAAUGGUAAUUUCGAAUGAUGUUAUACUACAGAGUAUAAGUGUAUUGUACAGCGAAAGAGCCGUGCAGACUUGCAAUAGCUCAUGCCACUGCUGCCAGAAUGGCCUCCAUAGAGGGAGUUCUAGAGCCCCAUGAAUAGAGGGAGUUCUUUGGCCUACUCUUCUAAACUGGCCAAUCGUCUCGGAGGUGGAAAUACUCGCACUUUCCCCAGCAAGCGUCACCUGCCGAUCGGCUGCGGUUGUGACCAGUUACACUGCUGGGAGAUGGACAGAGGCGGGGAGAUCUGAGAAACUUGCAGCAAUUUCAAAUCUAACACAAGCAACCUCUGGAUUGCACGCCCAGUGCGCUCGCCGUAACACCACAGCAAGUGUGACUGUAACGUUGUAAAUGAGAUGGUUUGUUGCGAAUGUGAAGGAGAACGCCUUUUUAAAAAUCCUUUAUAUUAAGUUCACUUGCUUGCUUACGACCGUGCAAAUCUUUCGGUCGUUUUUUAACCCACUUCCCGUGAUCCAAUCGAGCUGACAUUUUGCACACAGACUCGUUGUGCGUGACAAUUAAUUUUCGUGAAAAUUUUUUUCAAAAAUUUUACUCUUUUUAGGAAAAAAUAAAUUAUAUUUAAUUACCAAUUGCUUAAUGGUGGCAGCCAUCUCAAGCCAGAGGACGAGAGGACUCUAGCCGCCACGCAUAGAAAGGAUUUAUAGUGAAAAACUUUGUUUUUACGGGUUAAUUUUUCGUCGAUAAGCUAGUGACCUCUUCCGGUUGCCCAGCGUUUGACGUGCUGGACGGGUCUGCCCCCCCUCCAGGUGCAGGAUGGCUGGUUCAGCAUCGACAGCGAGGAGUACGAGGCGAUGGACGUGCAGGUGCGCGUGCUGCCCUGGAAGCUGAAGCUCUUCUGCCACAGCUCCAUCCGUGACAAGCUGCUGCAGUGAAUUUGGUCGCAAGUCUGCCGACUUUGUAAAAUUGUUCGCGUUUCUGUGUUCGUUUUACGAGUGUGAACAAAAUAAAAUCCGUACAAUCGAGUUGUGAAUUGGGAGUUGAAAUAAGUAAAGCGGACGCCGUUCUGGCAAGACCAGUACUUGCAAAGUGGAGUGGACAAAUUAAAUGUCCAAUAAACUGUGUAAAUGUCAUUAUGCCUAUUUACAUCACACAUGAUUUGAAAAUGCCCCCGUAUUAGGUUGCCAUGCCAUUGUGGUUUACAUUGUACAAGUUUUAACAAUUGCAGAUUGAAACAUGUUAUAUUCACCAUUCCAUUUGAUGUAAAUGACAUUGUGAAGGAAUAUUUUUGGAAGUGGACAGAAGCGAAAUAAAGUGAGAACAUGA